CCAAGGAUGGUUGUUUCGAAGGAAGGUAAACGCCGGCGUAAAGUGUCCGCCAUUGCACAAGCCGGUGGCGGUAGCACCAAUCCAUCUCCCGGUAGCAGUGGAGCUAACGGUCCCAUCACUACCGUAGCAGCAGAACGCGAUCUUUCACCGCCGGAAAUCCCGAAGCGCCCGAAGGUGCACGCACAGCGAAAAUUUGCCCAGGGACAGGGUACAGCUUCCUCGUCUUACCUUAGCUACUCUUCGGCACCUCCAACACCUGGGAAAGAUGGAGCAAAUCGAGCAUCUCACUCGGGAACCGGCAAUGGAACAACACCGACCGUGCCCGGUAGUGGGACCGGCUCGGAAGCUAAUCCGGCUCAGGUACCGGAGCUGCUACCCAACAUGCGACCCAACACGGAAGAUUUCCUUACCUUCCUGUGCUUCCGUGGCACGCCGGUAUUACCACCUGCGUUGGAUUUUUUCAACAAAACCAACUCCACCGCUGACAACAGUGGUAGCAGCAGCGGUGGGAGAAAUGCUUCCACGCCAAGCGGUUCGUCCAGUUCAAAGCUAAAAUCACAACAAUCGAAAACAGCCGCGUCUUCAACGUCGACGAAGGAAUUGCCAGCAAAAACCACUGCGCCUAGUGCCAACUCCACGAAAGCUGCCGAACUAAAGCAGGACAAUGCCACUAAACCCGUGCUGCAGGAACCGAAAGUUCAGCCUGAAAAGCAGGCCACACCAACCACUCCAGCUUCUGUGGCAGCUGCUCCCGUUACCACUUACAUCCCGUUUGCUGUGCGCAAACGUGCCGAGCAACAUCCGGCACCGGCUGAGACACGAUCCGAUCGGAAACGUAACCAGGAUAAGAUGCAGGCACUUCGCAAGAAGUAUCACGAUCAGCGAGUGGCUAAGCUUAGAGCAACGACCCAGGGUCAGCGGCAAAGCGGACGUGUGAAUGUGGCAAUAGCAACUCGCUCUUCAGCUGUCUCUUCCAAAUCGGUUCAAGAUGAGCAACAAGGAUAUGAAGAUGAAGACGAAGAGGAUGCGGAUAGCGGCUCGGAAGAUGAUCCGAUCGAUGAAGAUAAAGCGGAACGCGAAGAGGUACCACGGAAUAAAAAACCUUUAACCGAAGAGCCAAUCGAAGUUGGCAAGCGGAAAAGUGGUCUACGAAGCAGUGGAGCCGCAUCUCACGCCUCAAGUCCGCCACACGUCGAAUGUGCCAAAGGAUCACCGGCUAAGAUUGCGCGCAAUGCAAAGCGUGAUUCUUGUUCCAAACAGGCUGCAAACAAUCACGAAGAGAUCGGCAAAGAAUCGUCAACGAAAACAAACGCCGAAAGUAAAGCACCCAACAACAAGCCGACUAAAGGUUCUUCCCCUCCGGAUACGCUAGUGGUAGAAGGGCCCAAAGUGAGUGGAACGCGCGGUACAAGCGCCAGCAGUUCGUCAAAGAAAUCAGUCAAAGAAACGGCGAAAAAUUCACCCACACAACAGCAUCAGCCUGCGACGAGUGUUUCCGAUCAGGACGGGAAAGAAAAACGGACCACAAGACUGUCCGCGCUGAGAAAUCCUCCACCGGUAGCAACCGUAUCGGACACGACAAAAACUGCGAAAGACAAACGAAAACAGCAAUCGCAGCAGGAGCGGGUUGAUUUUUCAUCCGACGAUGAUGAACCAUUAUCGCGCACUACGGUGCCAGAAAAACGAUCCUCGGAUACGGUGGAACUCGGCAAAACAACACGCUCCGGUAGAAGCCGCAAGUCGGAACCGGUAGCAACUACGCAGGAGAAAGAUCCGGACGAAAUGCCGGAUAAAAAGACUCGCCGAUCGGAAUCGGUCGUUAGUCGACGUUCGGACAUUAGUUCGCGAAAGUCCGAGAUGCGUGAGAUGAGUGCGGUAACGAAGAAGGUUGAGGAACCCUCAAAACCACAGCUACAGCGAGGUCGCAAAAGGAAAGAACCGACCCAGGAAUCACAACCACCCGUCUCGGUCAAUGCGCCGAAAGAGGAUGAAUCAAAAGAGGUUGAGGAACCAUCGAGUGUGGAUCGCAAACAGUCGAGUGCGGCAAGUGCGAGAAAAGGCAAACGAGAAACACCUGCACCGGAUACCGUCACCACUACUGCCCGGGACAGCACCCUAUCGCCGGAGGUGGAGGAAAAGAGACCGAAAACGGCCUCCUCAACACCGGUCGAAUCGCUCAGUACAUCACGCCCAUCACGUAAAACGAAGGAGGCGGCCACGUUGUACAUGGAACUGAUCGGCCGCAAGCUUAAUCACGACGACAGAUCGGACGAUGAUGCAUCCUCGCUGGACAGUCUCGAGCUGCCGAACGUACGAAAGUUGGAACGGAUGGAGAACGAGCUGAAAGCGAACGCGGGCAAGACACGAGACGCGGCACGGCAGCAAGCAGCAGUCGGCAAGGGAAGCAAAGCGAAAAACAAAACUGGCGGUGACGGCACAAAAGUGAAUGAAAAAAGCUUUAGCGAUUCGGAUGAAGAACCGUUGGCGAGUAAGUUUCAGCGCAAACAGGCACAGCAGCAGCAACAAACGGCACGCCGACAGCCGGUAAAAGCGAAAGCAACGGUUGCUGCCAAAACGACACCGCAAAGUGGUCGUAGAACUAACGCGAAGAAAGCGAACAUCGCAAAUGAUCGUGAGGAACAAUCAUCACCCGAGAAGAACGAGAAGGACUCUGUAGAAAAGGCAUCAAAAGGUGAGGAAAUGGUGGCAAAAAAGGGAACGACGACAACGACGAUCGCCACCACUGUGUGCCCAACAGCCGGCACAAUUGCCAAACAAAACGGCACAAUGGAAUCGAACGUACCGAGUCUAGCAGCAACGAAAACUCCAACAAAAAUGAACCCAAACAGUGCGUUUAACAGUCCGCUCGAAUCUCCGGUCCUUUCGUCGGAUCAUCUGAAAAGUCCUACCACUUCCGAGGGCCAGAACAACGUAUCGCGGCUGUUGAACAAAUCUCUGGACAAUACGCAGCUGUCAACUACGGUCGAACCGGCCGAAAGCCCGAUCAAGAUACCGCAAAUGCUAAACAUCCCGACCGUAAUACCGACGACCUUUCUGCAGGUUGCAAGUAGUCCAACGUCAACGGCGGCUCCAUUUACUCGUGCCAUAAAAUCGACUCUAGGAACCAGCUCCGGCACUGGCGAUGGUGGAGGGUCUUAUUUACCGCUGAAUAAGUCGACCGCCGGGACAAUUUCGGCAAACGUGUCCCAGCAACCGGCAGACACCAGUAGUAGUAUGCCUUUCAACCGUUCCAGCGCCACAACGGGAGUGGUCGGUGGUGUCGGUGCAGUCCCGAAAGGCGAUUUUACUCUUCCGCUGGAUGAUACCGAUUUCUUAAAAGGAUUCGAAAAAGCUGCCGCCGCCGCCACCGCCGAUCCGAAUGUGUCCGGCGAUAAACCAUCGGCCCAUUCCUCGCUGCUCGGCAAUUUGCUUCCAAGCAAGGAGGAAUCGGAAAAAAUCUUUGGCAUUGCUAGCGUCAGUUUGGCGCAAAGUUCCGGUCCGCUUGAUACGAAGUGUACGCUCGGGAAGUGUGGUUCCGUCCACAAACCACCGCUGGGGCCACCGGUUCUAACGGAAUCAUUGCUCGGGGGCAAUCUUUCUCCACGCGAUCGCCGAAAAGCGAAGGUUAACAUGACGCACGAGCAGAUUCAGAAAUGGAUUUACGAAUCGUCCUGGUCACCGAUCGAGGACGAUCUGAAAGACGAUGAUUUGGAGUUGGUUGAGCCGGGUGCUCGUACACCUCCAGCACCGCCACCACCGGUUGCGGUGACAGCGGCGGCGACGAUUUCGACGGCGCCAUCCUCUGUUCAGCAAAUGAUCAGCAACACCACUACUACUGCUACUGCUACACAACCACCUACAGCGGUCGCCAGUUCCGGGUGGGCUGCAAUGAUGGCGGCAGUUGCAACGUCGACACCACUCAGUACGCCAACUGUUGCCGAACGGACGAAUGCACCAGGGGGAGCAUCUACAGUAGCGGUGGACAAGAAGGACAUUGUGUCGCAUUCGGUGCAAGAGAUAAAACCCGUAACAAACAACGAGAAAGACAGUAAUACAGUGGGGAAAUCCGAAGUGCAACCGGUGAAUAAGGAAGUUCCGGCUAGUUCCACACCAACCAGCAGCAAACAGCGGGAAGUAAAAGAGCAACGAAAAUCGAAAGCAGAUACAGCGACAACGGCGGUGGCCCCUGCUGUAACGUCCACCACUCCGCGUACUGCAGCUACAACCCCUACAGCAACAUCAGGCGAACGGAAGCCCAUUUAUCGGAAUACAACUGGCCGUACACCGGUCUAUAAACAGGAAGUCCUUUCUAUCAAACAAUCUCCCUCGGCACAAAGCUCACAAGCGGCUGGGCAACACGUGCAAGUUUCGACAGGCUCUACGAAACUUGCGGUCCAAGGAGCGUCGUCCUCAUCGACUCAGGCAAGCAACAAGUUCGGCGCCUUUUCGCCUGUCAACGAACCGAGCGUAUAUUCGUUCGAUAAGGAGGAAGAUUUUAUGCCCGUAGCGACCGUUCCGUUCCGCAGGCAGCACGGGGGAGCAACAACUGCUGCAACAGGUGCUGUAGCAGGACGGCGAGAGUCUUCUAUUGAACCUGCCAGCGGAGGAAAUAGUAAGCGCGAAGAGGAGAGGAAUAAUGCAUUCCAGAAACCAGCGCCAGGCGUCUCGGUGGUGGCUGUUCCGAAAAUGAAUUCCGAUGAGAAGAGCAAACCGAUCGAUUCCGUUGGCGAGAAGGAGAAUGUAGAGAAGAAGGACGAGGCGGCGAAUUUGGUGAAGCAGGAAACUAGCGACACGGAACCGGAUACUUCUGGUACUGGCGUUGGUGUUGGUGGACAAACGUUUUACAUUCCACUGCAAGGUCCGACCACUGGAGGAGGUGCUGGUGGCGGUGCUACAGGUGGAGGAUCUGGUGGUAGUGGUGGUGGUGGUGGGAGUGGUGGUUCAGCGGGAAAAGCGGCUGAUUCACUCAUUCAAGGUGUAGCAGUCAAGCUUGGCACCGAAGGUCCCGACGGUCCCAAUCAGCGUGUCAUAAUGCAUGCAAAGCUUGUGACGAAGGCUGAGAUGGGUUCGAAUCCGACCACGCUGCCCGAUUCGAUGAACGUGCAGGAGUUGGUCAAAAGUCUAACGGCACAGGGCGGAGCGGCUGUCGCACUGGGAAAAGAGGGUCUAGCUAAGCUGCUUCCCAUCGGAUUGUUACAAUCACGCUUUAAAUCCACCAUUGCUACCACAACGGAACAACCGGUAGCUUCAACGGAUACUGCACGCACACCAACGCAAGAAGAUCGUGGAGCCAGUGUCGAACCGAUGUCACGCGGAUUGUCACGUAUCGCGUCCAAUUCUUCGCUCUCAUCUCAGCGCUCGAAACCAACUGGGAAAACAGCCGCAAAAGGAGGAACCGGAGGAGGAGGUCGUGCAGGAGGCGGUGGCACUGGUGGUAGUAAUGAAGCUAUCGCUACACCCCAACCGGAUAACAAUACCGUUUUCCCGCGCCGAGACGAUCCGGCCCAGAUGGUGGAAGCCCCAAUCUUCAAACCAACCGAAAAAGAGUUCCACGAUCCGAUGGAGUACAUUGAGCGGAUCGCACCGAUCGCUUCCCGAUUCGGCAUCUGUCGCAUCAUUCCACCGGCCAGUUUCAAGCCGGAAUGUCGCAUCGCGGACGAUAUGCGCUUCAUGGCGUACAACCAAUACGUCCACAAGAUGCUACACCGGUGGGGACCAAGCGCGAAAGAGUACGCCGCCAUCAAGAAGUAUCUGGCGACGCAGAGCAUCAAUCUUCAAUCGCCCCCGGUGAUCGGAGGAAUGGAAGUGGAUCUACCCCGGCUCUACCACACCGUGCAGGAGCUCGGCGGUCUGAAGGAGGUGAUCGAGAAGAAAAAGUGGGCACGCGUCUCGGAGGACAUGUGCAUACCGAAAGCGGCACACGAUCGUGUCUCCAAGCUGGACGAUAUCUACUGCAAGUAUCUGCUGCCGUACGAUACACUCUCGCCCGCCGAACGGCAGAAGCUCUUCGACGAGGUGGAAGCGGAUUGGGCCAAGCGGGAAGCAAAGGCACGCCGUAACGCGGACAAGGGUGUCGGCUCGGAGAUCCGGAACAGUGGCGAUUCGGAUGAGGAUGAUUCGAACGAUGAUGGUGAGGAGGAGGACGAAGAUGAGGAUGAAGACGAAUGCUCCAUGGAGUGUAUUGUGAAGGGACGCAGUAUGCCGUUGAAUCAAUUCUUCCGAAUCGCACGCAACACCAUGUCCCUGUGGUUCCGAAACAGUGAACCUUCGGUGGCGGAAAUUGAGGCGGAAUAUUGGCGCCACGUUGCGGUACGCGAUAGUCACGUGUGUGUGCACUCCGGAUCGAUUGAUUCGAGUGCAUUCGGAUAUGGAUUCCCCAGUCCCAAGGUGAAGGGUUCGUCGUGUGCAAAACAUCCAUGGAAUUUGAAAGUGCUAACGAACAACAGUGGUUCGAUUCUACGUUCGCUUGGGCCCGUUAUGGGCAUUACAAUUCCAACGCUGCACGUAGGCAUGUUGUUCAGUGCAUGCUGCUGGUACCGUGAUCCACAUGGACUGCCCUGGAUCGAGUAUCUGCAUACGGGUGCGAAUAAGAUCUGGUACGGUGUGCCGGAUGAUCAGAAUUCCAAUUUCCGCUCGGCGCUAACCGUGCUGGUGCCAACGCACUGUCAGAACAAAACGAUAUGGUUACCGUGUGACACGGCGAUGGUACCACCGCACAUGCUGACCGAUCGGAGUGUUUCGCUGUGCCGCACCGAACAGCAACCGGGACAGUUUGUGGUGGUAUUUCCGCGCGCGUACACGUCGAGCUUGUGCACCGGGUAUGCGGUUUCGGAGAGUGUGUACUUCGCGACCAACAGCUGGCUCGACACGGCGAAGGAAGAUUUUCGGGACAUACAGGAAAGCUGCGAACCGACCAUGUUCUCUGUGGAGCAGCUGCUGUUUGCUAUCGCGAACGAUCAGCGCAGCAAUCACGAUACGCUCGUACAAGCGUAUCCGAUGAUCGUCGAUAUAUACGAAAAGGAGAAACAACAUCGACAAACUUUAAAGGAACAAGGCGUAACGAAAUCGGAACGAAUCGAAUCAAAAAAGAAGAGCGCAUCGCUCGACGAGUUUGAGUGCGAACGAUGCCGGGCCAAUCUAUACCUUUCGUUGGUAAAGGUAAAGGUGAGCAUUAGCGACGAUGAUGAUGAUGAGGAUGCUGACAAUACGACGACCGAUGAGGAGGAACGCAUCUACUGUCUAAAGCACGCCGUAAAGCAUUUAGCUGACGGUGGGCUGCAGACGAAAAACGUUCGACUGGCGUACACCUACUCGCUCGAGGAUAUUGAGGAGUUGCUGAAGAAGCUGCAGGAUCGUAUCGCCAACAAGAAAUCAUCGAAAUCGAGUGCCGGCAGUAGUGUUGGUGGUGGUGGAGGAGGUGGUGGCGGUGGUGGUGGUGGCAGUGGACGAGGUAAGUCUUCCCUCCAUCUAGCGUCAACGUCUUCUCAGUCGUCAUCGUCGUAUCAGGGUCCGAGUCACAGUAAGUUUGCCGGGAUGGCAACAAUGUUGAAGUAA